UUACCCCUCCCCCUCCCCCUCCCUCUCCCCCUGCCUCUCCCCCGUCCCCGUGUCCCUUUCCUGCCAUCCAUGCGAGGCAAUGUCGGCCUCCCUCUUGACGGUGUCGCUGGACGCUCUGAAGCCGCUGCAGCAGAUGUCGACGACAUCUGCUGCUCGCGAGUGGGCUGCUGGCGAGGGGGGAAUGGACGCUCGGAGGGCCGCGAAAUGUCCAGCCGCUGCGCAUCUGCAUGUGCAAGGAGGAUGGGACUGAUGGAGUUUACGUAGCAAAGGGGGCAGGAGGGGCCGGCGGCAUCCGAGAGACAUGAGGCGGCGCAGGACUCACACACCAGAUGGCCGCAGGGGGCCAGGCAGACGGUGGCCUGAAGGACAAAUUGGAGUAACAGUCUGAUAAAAAAAAGAGAUGGCAGCACGGUGAUACCUGCGAUUCUCUGCAUUGAUGACAAAGGAUCGCCUCGACGGCGGAGUCAAAUAAUCUCUGGAUCGCCUCUCGGUACCUUCCGAUCUGCUGCUCAUACAUGGCGGCGCUCGUGCUGCAACCAUCCAUCCAUUCGGGAGAGCAGUCGCAUGCAGUGUGGCAGUCUGAAGGUUUCGUUGGUUGGAUGCGUGUCGGCUUACGCGGCCUCAGACUUGUGCUUCGCGUCGUCGAAGUCCUUCUGCUUGUCACGUUUGUAUGCAUCGAGCUCUUCGUCACGGGAAGAUUGCAGCUCGCUGGCCCUGCAUUUGCGGACAAACAAAAGGGAGAAGGAGGGUCUGUGGACAUCACAACAUGUGAUGCGAUGCGAUGAUGUAUCGCGGUCGUGAUUUACUCCGCCUGCAGAGCAGAGAGGUGCUUGCCGAGUUUCGCGAUCUCGUCCUGCGGCAGGCAGACAAGCAGAGACACUCACCUGUCUCAACAUAUGAGCGGCUGUUGGUGCAUGGAUUUUGUUUUCCAUGCAGCCACAUGAGCGUACCUGCAGCCCCCGCACUUCCUCUUCUAUGGCAGGGGCAUCCUCUCCCUGACCAUUGCUCUCCUGCUCCACAGACGCGCGUCUGCCUUCAUGAUCGCCCCUCUGCCCACCCCCACCCGUCUGCGUCUUGACCCUCUUCGCCUGCUGCAACGAUGGCUCCCCUCCACUCAGCGAUCGAUAUCGCUUUGACGCACCAUCCUCCCCCCCCAGGGGACCACCUGCGGCCUGCUGCCGUCUCGCAUCACGAUUCGGCACUUGAGGGGAGGAAGGCACGCCGCCAAAGCCCUGGGUGAACGCCGGCAGCUCGCUCAUGACCUCAUGUGAUGUUGCUGGGGCACAUGAACGCGAAGAGUGCUGUCUCUCGUCUGAGGCGGGCUCACUCUUCUUGUCCCACUUGUGGCGCCAUUUCUGUGCGCUGGGUGAGUUGCUGCUGCUUGGGGGGUUGGAGGGGCUGUGGGGCGGGGUGAUAGGGGUGAUCCUGAAGCCGAAGGCCGACGGAUUGCGGAGGAAGGAAGGCUGGAGGCCAACCUGGAUGACACCCUGCGAGUCAGGGGUCAGCUCGAAUAUGUGUGGAUCAAGGGACAGCUGCACCUUGGGCGAGACGGGGAAGGACGACCCGACGCUGUCGAACGCUGCCAAAGGCACCCGCCUGACGCUGCUUAUCUGACCAUCGUCCGAGAUAUGGCGGCGGUGAAAGAUAGCGAAGGACGGCGGGGUCUCAGAGAGCGUCCAGCUGGCCAGGCAAUUCGCGAGGCGGCUCCGAUACUCGUCCCGCUGACGCCGGAACUGCCUGACAGAGUCGGUCAGGCUCUGGGCGUGCGGGGGUGGGAGGCCCCUGGACAUCCACAGCCGAGUCUCCCACCCUUGUCGGAGGGCGAUGGUGCGCUGGGUGCCCAGCUCACACGGAGUAAACAGCUGAUGGAUCCUCUUGAGCAUGGACGGAAGGCCCGUUAAAGACAUCUGCGGGCGAGGGGACCGCCUGUACACCUGGGCGUACGGCACGUGCGAGGCAUCGAUCAUGGACUGUCUCUCACGAAGAUCAACCAUGUCAACCUGACGAAAGCAUCAAUCAAAUGCAAAACAGACAAGGAAACGAAUGUAUACAUGUAUGGCCACGCUUGUGUCCCUCUCUCUCGUACCAUGCUGUUGAGUAUUUCAUGCAUGUACAUUUCCUCCGCCUCCGUGGCUGAGAGGAGCGGCGCCAUGGUCCGCUCCUUCACACCAUGCAGGCCACUCAGGAACGGGCCGUCCACCCCCUUGCCAAUCAGCUGCACCUCAAUUGUUUCCCCCAUGUCUCGGCCCUCAUCACACAACACGCCCUGCAGAUCGAUAUACACGCGCCAGCCAUGCAGCAAGCACAUGAUAGAUGCUGCACGUGAGACAGCCUUUCAAUCGGUGCCUACACGAACCUGUGGGUGAGGUAUAGGGCUGACACAGAAUGCAUCCGGAUGGGAAAGAAGGAAGCUGUACAGCUCAGGGAGCAAAGACCUGUCCGCCGACUUGCGAUGGGCCAUGUAAGCCUGAAGGGGAUGCGCAUCAGGCAUUCAUUGUGCUUCACAGAACAGACACAUUGUGCAUUUGCAUGGCUGACUCGACUUACGCUGAGGUCGGCGAAGGACAUUGUCGGCGGGCUGUUGGGGCGUUGCUGUGCUCCCUUGGUCUCAAGGCAGGUGACGACAUCAUACUUGUACCACUGGAUUCUCUUCAGUAUUUCAUCUCCCUCAUCCCCCUCGCUCUCCGCCUCUGGCAGGCGCUCGAUCUUCACUUCGGACAUCAGCGCUCAAUGCAGUGAGUGCACCAGAGGACGAAAAACGCAGAAUUCGGGGGUUUCUGGUGUCCAGAAACUGUUAUCACCCCGCCCACUGACGCGGUGCGAUCAAGGCCCCCUGGCCGUCUCACUCUGUCUCAGAUCUGUGGUCGCGCGAUGUCCGGACCAUCUCAGUCGGUACGCCUUUCUCCUCGGAACUCGACAGCUG